AAGCAGACUGUUGAGAAACUACUCAACGACCAUGACAAACAGACUGAGAAUGCCAAGAAAACCUACAAGUAUGGGUGUGACCUGGUGUCGGCGGCCCAGCGGAGCCGGAAGGCCAGUCGACUGGAGGACUCUGACAACACUGACCUGCUGUCGGCCCUGGCGACCCAGUGGGAGGGGCUCUCAGCUGCCCUCGUCGAGGCCAGAGCUAGACUGGAGGUGGCCCAGCAGUUUCAUCAUCUCGCUGACGAGGUGAUGGAAUGCUACUCUCGGUGGACCACACCCAUUCAUCAGCUGGCCAAGACUCCGCCUACUGUGAAGGCUCAUCUCACAGAUCUCUCCACUAACAAGGAAGGAUUUUCCCAGAAGAUCACUGAAUGCCUCAAAAUUGGAACCUCUCUGCUGGACCGCAUGUGUCGACCUUUGACCUCCAACCCUGCCUACCGCAAUCUCAACGAACCCACUAAGCAGAGUCUGGCCUUCCUUCGCUCCAGACUACAGGAGAUAGAGAGACAGAUGGUGGAUCUGGAGGCUGUCCUGUCUCGUCAGGAGUCAGUUCUGACGGAGUUUCUAGUCUACUGUCAGUUUGAACACAACAUGGAACAGGUCCUGGUGUGGAUGCAGGACGAGGGUCUCAAGUCCAUGCAGAGGUUCACUGUCGUAGGAGAGACCCACAGCACCGUCCAGUCACAGUUGACCCUCUUCCAGUCCUUCAGCUCUGCCUGCCAGGAGAGAGGAGACGAGGUGAGGAGACUGGUGACCUCUGCACCCAGACAGGAGGCGGAGAUCACGGGGUUCAAGUCGGAGCUCACGAAGAAGACCCAGAGUCUCUCGGCCGUCUGGGACAAGUUUGCCUCUCGACUGACGGAGAGGGAGAGGGCUCUGCAACUUGCCGCCUCCUUCUACGACCGUGUCAUGAAGCUGCAGUCCCUGACGGGGGAGCUAGAGUCCCACCUGAGUACAGAGGUCACCUCACUCCAGUCCCCACUGCGACCCUACCUCGAGAACCUCUCCACCCGACACUCUGAGAUGACGACUCUCUUUCGCCUCGUGUUAGACGACGGAGCCUCCCUGGUUGAGAUGUUCAAACCAACGGGAGAGAGUGCGGGGGACAGCGGACGCUCAGCACGGAUAUCGGCUCAGAUAUCGAAUCUUCAGACACACUGCCAGCGAGUGGAGCAGCUCUGGAGCGACGCCUGGGGGAGAGAGGGCGGGGCAGGGGCGGGGAAAAUGACAACUUCUGGUAGGAAGACCACUGGAGGUGGGAGGACAAGUAACCAGCCCACUAAGAGAGAGAGUGUGACAGGCAGAGCUAGUGGCCAGGUUAAGACGGAUGAGCCUUCUGGCACAAGGGGCCGGAGUCAGAGUAAAACUUCGUUGCCCAGUCAAGCGAGUGUAGCUAAACCGCGUCAAACCAGUCAGGCAAAUGCAAAUAAAGUCAAACCUGGUCCUACAACUAAAUCAGGUCAAACCAGUUCAGCUAAAGCCAGUGCUACAACAAGUCAAACCAGUACAGCUAAAGCUGGUGCUACAUCAAGUCAAACCAGUACAGCUACAAGUCAAGUUGGAAAAACUCAUCAGACAAAUACCAGUGUAACGGUUUCAAGAGGCUCUGGGGACGUUGGUAAGAACAAACCAACGGGGAGGGUAGGGAAGGCUGCACAGAGACUCAGCUCGCCCACCUACACCCAACCUCCUCCUCCUACUUCAACACCCACCACCUCAGCUGCCAGAAGUGGUGGAACAUCCUCCAAGAGCAGUGAACCCAGAAAAAGAGACUCGUUCAAGGCUCGUGAUAAAGGGGCAUCACCUACAGCAGUGGGACCUGGAAACAGCAGUGCCAAAAGGCUCUCAGACACAUUUGGGGACCUGGAAGCUGAGGCAUACAAGCACCUGGAGCGACUGGAGUCAGAGUGUUCGCGGUUCCACUCGUCCCACUGUGACAUGGGAGACGAGGCAAAGAGUGUCUCGGAGCUACGGGAACAGUAUCUCAAGUUUCUCGAUAUCAUCAGGCCCACGUGUUCCUCCAUUGAUGACGUCAUCUCCUCUCUCCAAGGCCUCCAGUCGGCUCACUCUCCCCCUCCGUCUCCCUCCCUGAUCACAGGGGUCACCCAGCUCUGCGAGGGGCUCAGGAAGAGGGUUGGGUGGUGGAGGGGAGGGUUCGCGACCCUCGCUGACACCCUCAACCUCUUCCUCUCCUUCUCAGAACUCUCGUCAAAGGUGGCCUCUGACCUCCAAGCCCUGGAGGACUCGUUCUGUGAGACCAUAGACUCGGGUAUCUCCAUGGAGUCGGCUCAGGAGAUGUUGGACCACUAUCAGCCUCUGGCGGCUGGACUGAGGGACAACUAUCCCGCCAUGAAACUACUUGGAGAGCAAUUUCUGGAAACGACGUCCAAGAUGGCCUCAGAGAAGUCGGCCCCGGAGCUGAGUGUGGGCGGAGCCUGUAUCUCUGUUGCCAUGGAGAUGGGGGGCGUGGAAGGGCGGUACCCGGAGGCGCUUGAGGUGUGGUCUCAUCGGGAGAAACAGCUCCAGCAGAGUCUGGAGUGGCAGAGUUUCCAACAGAAUAUUCAGCAGUUAUCGUCCUGGAUGAAGACGGCCUCCGAGUCAUUUCUGGUGCGCUUUGACCUCGGGACCUCCCUGGUAACCACGGAGGAUCUGGAGAUGGAAUUCCAGGAAUUCAAAGCCCGUGCUCAGGUGACGACAAAGGAGGUGGAGUUGGCUCUGGCCCAGUCGGAGAAGAUGCUGGGAGGGAGCCACUUUGCAGCGGCCAGUCUGCGAGAGCUGUCCUGGAGCCUGAGGGAGCUCCUGGAGGACUUCACUGCCCGCACCAGAGAGAGAGAGAAGACACUGCACGAGGCCGCCGACUUCUUCAGGGCCUCUGAGGAGUUGCAAAAUGACAUGAAAGAUGUCAUUGCUCGCUGCAAGGACUCACCGUCAAUAGUAACUAUACGAAAGGAAACCUCGUUGCCGAGUGUCUCUUCUCGCCUCGUUAACCUCCAAACUGCAGGGACAAACCUCGUUAGCCUCGGAGAAGGCAGGAAGAAGGGGUCGGUCCGUGGGAGAAAGAGGAAACUAAUCAGGAGUGAUUCCUCGGGGGCCACCGAAUUCUCCCUCAAGCAGACUCUGUCAGGACUGCAGAGCCUCUACGCAGAGUACAAGACAGCUCUAGAGGGUAGAAAGGUCACCACUGGGGCCUCGCUCACCAGAAAGGGCACAGAGAAGAAGAGGGCAGCCGAGAAGAGAGAGGGAGGGACAGAGAGAGAAGUAAAGGAACGUAGUCCGGCUGUUGUCCUCCGGAGAAAAGAGCGGAGUGAUCGUCAGCUACAGUCCGGGGACAUCCCCAUUGAAUUAAAGAGGAAGAGCUGGUCGUUUCAGCGGAGGGAGGGAAUCCAGCUCACCAGCCGUUGGGAGAACAGAGACUCAAACAAGAAGUCGACAGUCGAGUCGAGAUCGGCCGCACGACAGACAGUCAAGUCGGAGAAACUCAACCGCGGCGGGUCUAGCGAGGAGGGUUCAUCUUUCAAACGCAGCUACACUCUUCCCGGUCACUUUCGCGGCUGGCGGGCUCCUGGUCUCAGCGUCCUAGAGAAGGCGGCAGCUUUCUCAAAGGUGACGGAAGGUACAGGUCUAUCUGCUCCGUACGGCCUACACAAGGCCUCCGCUACUAAAACCAGACGCCCGAGCCUCGACGGUAGGGAAUUGGACAGUAGAAAGUCUGAGUCUCAACCCAAGACAGCAACAUCAGACAACGUAGCAGGCUCGUCCUCUACGGAAAAGAGUGUGGGAAAACCUCCAGCAGUCCAGACUGCAGUUGUCAAGACCGUCAUAUCCACACAGGAGUCGGUCAAACGAGUGUCUCUGAUAGACGUGGACGUUUCCAAACCCCAACCCACCGCCGACUCUGAGUCUCGCGGACCUCCUCUUACACGAGUGGUGAGUCCUUCCACGCAGGUCCUGCCGUUGGAGCAGGAGGCACCGCCACGUGUAGUGAGCCCCGAGCCACACAAACCAAAGACCACUGCAACACCAGUCACUCUUUCGACAACCACCACCACCACCUCCUCCUCAAAGUCUCUGGCCACAGUGACCAAGAACUCACGUAGGAGCAUCCAGAAUCUCAAGAUUGCCGGGAAAGUCUCUCACCUGAAGCACGUCUUUGACCGACAGGAAGAAGAGGUUGCCGAGUCAGCAGGGAAACCCCCGUCAACGACCACUUCGCCUAGAACAAGAGAGAUGGAGGGACGACUGUCACCCGACAUUGUUCCUAAGGUGUCAGAGAGUGCAGAGAUAGCUGUAAGCGAUGCUGGGCUCACAAUGGCAGACAGACCCAUCCCCUCACCUGAUAUCACACCCAAAGAGACUAGCUUCCCGGUUAGAGUUCCACUACCACAGCCAGCAGAGGCAGAGACAAUUGAACCUCUAGAAGAGAGAGCAACUGUGAAGAGUGAAGUAGAGGUCAGAGUGGAAGCUAUAGUUGAGAAAAGUCCAGUGAAGGAGGAAGAGGCUAGGGCAACGGUUGGAUCUCUUUCUCCGCACCAUCCUGAAUUGCCUCAGACUAGCUCGCCGGAGGUUAAAACUCCGCCUCCUCGUCCUCCGUCUCCCAUCGGCUACAUUCUUGAGGACAGCAGCGAUGGAGAAAGUUCCUAUCAGUCGUACGACACUGAGUACUCUGACGAAGAAGAAGAGGAUGAAGAGGAGGAGGAGGAGGAGGAGGAGGAGGAGGGAGAGAUGGAAGACGUGGACAGUGGGACCAUUAGCAGGAGAACAGCCAAGACUCUGCAAGCUGUCACUCAAGCCCUGAUGUCCCAGGAGCUCAGCUAUCUCCAAAGUCUGGAGAUCCUGGCAGAGACCUACCUUCCCUCUCUCACCAAGACCCACGUCCCCUCAUUCCUCCAGGGAAGAGGACUCAAGAUCUUUGCCAAUGUCGCCGACCUCUAUGAAGUACACAGGACGUUCUAUGCAGAGGUGAGCAGUGGAAAGUUGGACACACCCCUGGCCAUUGUAGAGUCAUUCUGCCAGGCCCUGGUACGGAACCAGGACAGCUGGAACCAGUACCAGACUUUCCUCCUCAACAUGGAACAGGGACAGCGGGUCCUGUCUCAGUAUGGAGGGACCUUCUUCCAGGAGGUCCAGGCCAGUAUAGGUGAUAAUCACACUCUGGAGGAGCACUUUGUCAGACCAAGAGAUCAGCUGAUGAGGUAUGACAGAAUUCUAAAGGACGUGGUGAUGUGUGCACAGAAAGAGUACCUCCACGGAGUGGGCAUUGCCAAGGAUGCUCUCAGGGUUAUUCAAAACAUCCUCCAUGCCACCAACAAUGCCAUAGCAAUGGGAAAAUUGAGGGGAUGCCCCAUCUCGUUAGACAAAACGGGUCUCCUGAUGACAGAGGAGUUCAACAUGUACACCACGAGAGAAGAGAAGAAGAAGGUGGUGAGGGAAUGGUCGUUUUCCUCGACCGGCGAGCAUGUACCUCGUCUUUGCCGCCGAUCUCAAGCAGGAGUCUGACUACUGGGAAAAACUAUUGAG